GGAAGAAGACUUACAGUACCUCUGAAAUGAAAACCUCCAUCAAGUUCACACUCCUCUCCCUUACUGUGUUGAGCUGUGUGAGGUGUGAGGAGAUCACAGUGAGAGGACAUGAGGGAGGAAAUGCUGUCGUCAACUGUCCAUAUCAGAAGGGUUAUGAGCCCUUCCCAAAGUAUCUAAGGAAAGGAGAGUCUAAAGAUGGUGUUGAUGUCAUCUUGUCCAGACCACGGAAAAAGUGGACCCACAAAGAGAGAGUGUCUCUGCAGGACAAGAAGGACAUACACAUCUUCACUGUGACCAUCCGUAAACUGACCCCAGAGGAUGCUGGGAUAUAUUGGUGUGGAGUUAAUAGAUGGGGGGGAGUUCUGCAUACUAGAGUGAAUCUCACAGUAGAUAGAAAGGCCAACAAACCAACACCAGCUGCCAUUCCCACAGUCAUUGCAGAGGUCACCACGGUUACUCUCCCCAACACACCAGUGUCCACCAUUAACACAACAACCAGAACGCUGUCCAACAUCACAGAGUCUGAGAGGACCACACACUUGCAGUCUGAUAAAAAGUCACCUACAUCAAGCGGCCAUCUAGCUGUGGGUCUUGUUGUUGUUUCCGUGGUGAUAAUUGCUCUGCUGGUAGUGACUUUUAGGCUGAUGAAGAGAAGAGCUGAGAAAAAAAGAGCUGACAGACCAUCGAGGCCUCUGUCCUCAGCUAGACAAUCAAGAGAGCGGAAUUCUGUCAAAGAAAAUUAUCCACAAAACUCCAACACCACCCAACCUGAUACAGUCUACCAGACCCUGAACCCCAACACUACACAACCUGAUACAGUCUACCAGACCCUGAACCCCAACACUACCCAACCUGAUACAGUUUACCACAGCCUGAACCCCAACACUACCCAACCUGAUACAGUUUACCACAGUCUGAAUCCCAACACCACCCAACCUGAUGCAGUUUACCAGAGCCUGAAACCCAACACCACUCAGCCUGAUAUAGUUCCCAAAGGCUGACCCCCAACACGACUUAACCUGAUGCCAUUGACCAACCUGAUGCUGUUUACCAGAGC